AUGAAUCUCAACCUUUCAGCGUCCCUGAACGUCUUUAAACUGCUUGCAAAUCCGUCACUAUGCCUCCCACAUGCCACUGUCCCUACUUUCAAUGACCUGCCGAUACCCCUGGACAAGGCAUUUGAGAAGGAGGGGAGAAAAGUAAACAUCAGGGCUGUCAUCCUUGACAAGGACGACUGUUUUGCCUAUCCGGACAGCAAUGUAGUUCAUGGCCCAUACAAGGAUCGGUUCGAGGCACUACGGGCUGCAUAUCCAGGGAGGCGGCUGGUGGUGGUGUCGAAUACGGCUGGCGCCCUCAGUUAUGAUUCCCAUAGGAAGCUUGCGUCAGAAGUCGAGAAGUCUACCGGUGUCGCUGUGCUUUCCCACCGGAUCAAGAAGCCUGGCUGUGGGGAUGAGAUCAUGUCGUACUUUCGACAGCAUCCCGAGACAGGAGUCACCAGCCCCCAUCAAAUUGCUAUCAUUGGGGACAGGCUCAGCACUGACAUGAUGCUUGCCAACAUGAUGGGAAGCUGGGGUAUCUGGGUUAAGGAUGGUGUGGUGCCACUCCCUGAAAAGAGCAUUUUCUCACGGGUAGAGAGGAGGCUUGCGCCCUUCCUGAUAUCCCGCGGAUACUUCCCUUCUGACCCCAGCAAUCCGUUCGAGUGA